UCAUUGUGACAGAUGUGUUAUUCACGUCCAGAGCGCCGCUCAGCCCCGGUUGUCCUAUGCAGAGAUGACUGAAGAUUACCCCCGUUACCCGGACAUCCACGACUUGGACCUCGCCCUGCUCAACCCCCGCAUGAUAGUGGAUGUGACCCCCUACAUGAACCCGUGUCCCUACACCGUGUCGCCCAACACACACAUCUCCCAGGUGUUCAACCUGUUCAGGACCAUGGGCCUGCGACACUUACCCGUUGUUAACGCUGUCGGAGAAAUUGUUGGAAUAAUCACGAGACAUAAUUUAACCCACGAGUUCCUCGUGGCAAAACUACGGCAGCACUGCAUAACUAUUUGACCCGGAUGUGGAGCCCGUCCACCCCCCAGCCCGGGGUCC